AUGGAUAAUAUGAUGAAUGAAGAAGAAGAUGAGAAUGAUCUGUAUUCUAAUGAUACGACUGCUGCUCAAGCUCUUGAUGGAAAGGACAUUCAGGGAAUUCCAUGGGAUGUAUUAAGCAUCACCAGAGAAAACUACAGAAAAAAUAGGCUACAAUCUUAUAAAAACUUUGAAAAUAUUCCAAACUCAGGCCAAGCAUCUGGAAAGGACUGUACCAAUUCUGAGAAAGGAAGCUCUUUCUAUAUGUUCAAGAAGAAUUUUAGAUCCGUGAAAUCGACUAUACCCCAUUUUCAGCUGAGGGAUUUGGUAUGGGCUACAUCUAACCAUGAUGUUUACUUGAUGUCGCACUACUCUAUCACACAUUGGUCUUCUUUAACAAGAAGCGUGAAUGAAGUUCUUAAUCUUGCUGGCCAUGUGGCUCCAUCUGAGGAACAUCCUGGAAGUUUGUUGGAAGGAUUUACAAAACCACAAGGUACCACUCUGGCAGUGAAAUAUGGGAUGGUAGUUGCUGGUGGUCUUUCUGGAGAACUCAUUUGCAAGCAUCUUGAUAGACCUGGUGUGAGCUUCUGCUACCGUAUAACUUGUGAAGGAAAAGCCAUAACUAAGGCAGUUGAUAUACACAAAAGCUCCAGCGGAGCACUUCAUUUCAUGGCCUCAAGCAAUGAUUGUGGAGUCAGAAACUUUGAUAUGGAAAGAUAUCAGCUUGUCCAUCACUUCCACUAUCCAUGGCCGGUGAAUCGUUCCUCUGUUAGCCCUGAUGGGAAAUUAGUAGCAAUCGUCGGAGAUGAUCCAGAUGGUUUGUUGGUGGACUCUAACAACGGAGAGACGGUGGGGAAGCUAAAUGGUCACUUGGAUUAUUCUUUUGCAUCGGCUUGGCAUCCCAAUGGAGUGACCUUUGCCACAGGGAACCAAGACAAGACCUGCCGUGUAUGGGACGUAAGGAAUCUCUCUGAAUCUGUAGCUGUCUUAAAGGGCAACCUCGGAGCCAUCCGCUCGAUCAGGUUCUCUUCUGAUGGCCAGUACAUGGCCAUGUCUGAGCCCGCAGACUUCGUGCACAUAUAUGACACCAACACAGGAUACAGUAAGAAGCAAGAGAUCGAUUUCUUUGGGGAGAUAUCCGGAAUUUCUUUCAGUCCAGACACUGAGUCUCUGUUCAUCGGCAUAUGGGACCGAUCAUACGGCAGUCUCAUGGAGUACACUCGAGCCAGUGUUGCAGGAAGUGCACUCUGA